AUGCGCGUGUACUUGAGGAGUUGGCCGGAUGCGGAGAGCCCUGGCAGAGGUGAAACAGACAAGGAGGCGGCUGGAUACUACGAAGCCCAACUCCCCUGCUUUCUGCAUCUUUUUCUCUCCUCGGCAUCUCUUGGGAAUUAUCUCGACGGACCACUUUUCUUCAAUUACCUUCCAAUCUUCAAGCAUUGCACUGCCGCAACUAUGGCGGAGACCGCCGAGCGCAACCCAAUCGUCUUCUUCGACAUCACCCUAGGAGGGGAGAAGCUAGGGAGAAUCAAGAUGGAAUUGUUCAAAGAUGUGGUGCCAAAGACUGCUGAGAACUUCCGCCAGUUCUGCACUGGAGAGACCAAGAACAGCCGGGGGCAGCCACAGGGCUACAAGGGCUGCAAGUUCCAUCGCGUCAUCAAAGGCUUCAUGAUUCAAGGCGGCGAUUUUGUAAACGGCAACGGUACAGGCUCGAGAACCAUCUGGGGAACUGAAAAGUUUGCCGAUGAAAACUUCACCCUGAAGCACGACAAGCCGGGUCUUCUAUCAAUGGCUAACUCAGGUCCUAAUACCAAUGGCUCUCAGUUCUUUAUUAUUACUGCCAAGAAUGGCACUCCUCAUCUGAACGGCAAACACGUUGUGUUUGGGAAUGUCAUUGAAGGCAUGGAUGUUGUCACCAAGAUUGAGAACACAAGAACAGUAGCGAACCCGGAAGGAAAGCCAGUGCAAGAUAUCGCCAUUGCACAAUGCGGUGAGAUGUGA